AUGCUGGCCGUUCACGUAUCGAACGCGGCCACAGGCGAAGAAAUCUGUGUCAUCGCUGCAGGUCGCGACUGGACGGCACAUGAGCUCAAUGUGAAGCUUGCGAGUCAGCGGGAUGCCAUGCCACAUUCCCAAGUGCUCUUGCACGGGGCGAGGCCUUUGCAGCAACUUGAGCGCCUGCACGAACUGCUGGACGAAGAAGAGGCGAGCACACUCAAGCUCCAACUGCUGCGCAAGUCGUGGGUCGUAACCGUGGUAGACAUUCGGCCCAAAGGCUCCGAUGGCGAUCUUUGGCAUCGAGAGAUAGAUGUUGAGGCUUAUCCUGAAUGCUCCUUCGAAGACUUUGCUGCCUGCGUUGCCAAGAAGCUGGAUUUGGAACCUGCGACCCGGCCGGAAAUUGUGUUAGCUCGAGAGGUGAUUGAUUGGCGGGAGAGAUCUACAUCUUUAGCCACCUUGGGCAUCCACGCAGGUUCCAAAGUGCACGUGAUAGGAACUGCAAACCUACGCAUGAUGUCAAGAGGAAGACCUGCCCCAGACAGUCGGAGGUCAGAGUUUUUGGAGUCAAACUCUGCGCUGUGCUUGAUGGACCAGUGCCAGGCAGGCGAGCUACUCCCCAACCCCGCUUGUAAGGAACCUCCUGCAGAUGAUCCUGCAGUUCAAGAGUUCAAGGUGCUGCACCCUGGUCAAUCUGAAAUUUCUUGUGACAGCCUGGUGCAAAUUCCAGGCCUCUUACAGAGGCAGGAAUGCAAUUCAAUUAUUAGUAGAGCGCAAGAGCUGGCUGUAGCGCCUAUGGACGUGGAAUGCUUCUUGGGCACCCGGCGGUACCAGCGCAUCGUGGUCCGGGACGAAAAACUAGUAAACUCCUAUGGUUCCCGGGGCUUCCUAAAGCCACACCGUGAUGCGCCUUUCAGCCCGGAAAUCAACGUACGGUCGCUGUGUACAUUGCUGGUCCCACUAUGCUCUGCUGGUAAAACCCGCUUCUUCCAUCCAGUGCAGCAUUUGGACUAUCGGGGAAUGACCUUAAAGGAAGAGCUUGAAGCUCGUGGAGGGCUAGCUGCUGGCUUCCAUGCCCUGGACGUCUCACUUUCGGAAGGGUCUGGGCUCCUGUUUGGCCAGAGCCUUCUCCAUGAAGGUAUUCCAGCAGAGGGUGAACAGUGCAAGAUGCUCCUGCGCACCGAUGUCCUGGUACGGCGGAAGCCACCGGUCCCUGGGGUCCUGCUCACAGCUGCCGAGCGCAAGGAUCAGGUAGCUGCCCUGCAGUGGUUCAGGGAGGCUCAGCACCAAGACUUGAAGGACCAGCCUAGCAACAACCUUUACGAGCGAGCUCUGUCUUACCGCUACUUCCACCCUAGCAAAGAUGAUGCAGAGUCCCUGGAAGCUAUGUCGGAGUCAGAUCCUACAUCCCAGGCCGGAGAUGCGGUGCCUCUCCCGAGCCUGCUUGAGAAGUAUUCGGACUUCACUCUGCCAGAGUUGGCCGUUUUGAAGGGCGCUGUGGCAGCCUUCAAGCUGCCAGAGCAAAGCGGGCAAGCCCGCGGCAACGGGUAUGGCAAGGACUGUGACCGGGUUCACGCAUCCCAGUGCACUGCAAGGCAGUUGCGUGUUUCUGCCAUGUAUGCUCUCCACCUCCUGGGCCACCAUAGCUACGGGGACAGAUCCGCGGUGUACACCGUGAACUUCGACCCGAAGACUCAACAGGUGACAGCCGUAUCCCUUGGUGACCUGCUAUUGGCGGCCUUCGAGGCGAAACCUUGCUAUGGAGCAGUCUACAACGUG